AUGCUGGAACGGCUAAAUCAAGCAUUCAAAAGCCUUGAGGAGGUCACCGACGAAAUGCACUUGUACGAUAACGUUGAGGGUUUCGAGGAUCCUACCGAAGACUUCCAAACGUAUGAGGAGAAGUAUUUGCACGCGCUUACCUUAUUCGCGUCGUUAAAGAGCGACCUUCAGCCAAGCGCCAUACCGCAAGCGGAUCACAACAUGGCCACAUUGCUGCAACACCAAAGUGAGUUCCUACAGCGACUUUCUGAGAACGGAACAUCUACCUUAGCCACGCCGCCGCCUGCUGCAGUUUCUUUAACUGAAAAUCCGUUGCCGAAAAUCCACAUAAAACCCUUUGGUGGAGACUACAAGGAAUGGCCAGCCUCUAAGGACAUUUACGAGAGCACCGUCCACAACAAGACUCAUCUGGGAAAGAUUCAAAAGUUCCACUUCCUAAAAUCUUUCAUAGUUGGUGAAGCAACCAAUCUGCUCAGUCACAUGUCCAUUACGGAAUCAGCUUAUGAUUCAGCAUGGGAACGCCUCAACGAACGCUAUAACCGCCCAAGGCAUAUCGUGAACUCCUUACUGGACACCUUCAUGGAACUGGUUGCUGCCCCCAACGGCGAAGUCUCUAAUCUACGCAAACUUACUGAUGGCGCCAAUGAAAUCAUUCGUGGGCUAGAUGCAGUUGGGGAGACCAGCCGUGACUGCUGGGUGAUUCAUCUUGUACUGGCUAAAAUUGAUCCCGACUCCAGAAGGAAGUGGAUAGAGGAUACCAGAGGCGCUGCGACGCCAACCGUUACAGACUUGUUUAAAUUCCUUGAUGAUCGUUGCGAGGAUUUUGAAUUAAGCCAAGCUACACCGGCAAUCAAACUUGAUCCUGGCAGUCACACAGACAAGCCUGCCAAAACGAAGCGCGCACUUAUUGCAGUGAACAGUGGCAAUUGUGGUAAGUGUGGCUCUGCUGACCAUCAGCUAUAUAGAUGCUCUCAAUUUCAAAAUCUGAACAUCGAACAUCGGCGCUCCUUUGUGAAAGGAAAGUCGCUUUGCUUCAAUUGCCUACGCCCUGGCCACCGGUCUUCGCAAUGUAAAUCGAAACAUUCGUGCAAGCACUGCAAUGGCCGUCAUCAUUCUCUUGUACAUCCUGAAAACAUGGAUUCCAUGACAAUUGCUUCUGCGGACACUGCACAGGCCAAUUCUCAAACUUCUGGAUGUAGCUCAACUUUGGUCGCCCAGACGCAAAACAGCACAUUAUUAACACAGUCACCGGGACGCAAAAGAUGCACAUUGCCCACAGCUUUGGUGUAUGUCCGAAACACUAAAGGUUCUUACACAAUUUGCCGUGUGCUUUUGGAUAGCGGUUCUGAGCUGUUAUACGUUUCUGAACGAUGCUUCAACGCACUUGGGCUCGCACGUUCACCCUCAAGAAUUCUAGUUUCCGGAAUAUCUUCCGUCAAGGCCGAAACUGCUAGAGGAUUGGCCACGCUGCAUAUCAAAUCAAUGGUGUCACUGCAUACGAUUGUUGUCGCAGCCCAUGUGCUGGGCAAAAUCACAUCAUCACUUCAACAGGACGACAUUGACGAAACAGCCUUAGGAAUCUACGAUGGACUCCAGUUAGCCGAUACAUCGUUUAACACAUCUUCACCUGUAGACAUUUUACUGGGAAAUUAA